UUAUUUAAGAGCUUGGAAAAUAUUUACCAAUAAUAGCGUUAGUGUAUUUUUGACGUUACUGUGUUUGUAGGUAGGUACUUAAGUAAUUACAGCUAAACAUUUCAAACGUGGCAAAUACUAUCAGUUUUACUUAGUUYUUUAAUCGCUCUUUUUUGAAUCAAAAUAAUAUGAAGAAAGUACACAAAAAAUAUGAAGAAAAAUUAGUAUCAGCAAAACAAAAAUAUGUGCUGGUCAACUUUAUAGAAGAUCACCCUGAGCUUCAAAACAGAAAAUUUGGUCCAAUUGUUACCCACAAACAGGCGAAUUUGCUUUGGAAUGAAAUUGCUGUGGAACUUAAUAGUAYAUUUGGUGCGAAUAAAAAUGCAGACAAGUGGAAAAAAUUUUGGAUUCAUACAAAGUCCAAUACAAAUGGUAAAAACAUUCAGUUAAAGAAAAAUGAAAUGAAAAUUGCUUUAAAACUUCUUUCAAACAGAAUUAAGCCAAAUACAAAAAUCAAUUUUAGUAAUCUUAAAUCAGGUAGAGAAAAUGGAUAUAAAUAG